AUGGUCCUCUCCUUCCUCCCAGUCCAGGGGGCGCUCCUAGCCUACCAGUGCCUCGGCACGGGGCCCUUCCUCCUCACAAUCCCAGGCGCCAACGGCGACGCCGCCAUCUUCAACGAGGUGGCGCCCUACCUCGCCCAGGACUUCACCCGGCACGCCGGCCUGGUCGACUUCCUCAUCGCCCACGAGCCGCCGCUGGCCUAUGUCCUUGGCGGCGCCUGGGCCGAGGAGACUUACUCCGUGUUCGAGGGCAUCUACCAGAAGUUCCUGGCCGAUGGCAUCGAUGCUGCGACGCUGGGGUUCCUGGGCCCCGGCGCGGCCAACUCGACGGACGUCGAGACGCAGGCUGCAUAUCAUGCCCUGGUGGACCCUGCCAACAGGGGCAACGCGGAGCUGUUCUUCGGGCACGAGACUGCCGCGUACACUGCCGUCAAUGAGAGCAUACCUGAGCUGGUGGGCUUGGAGGACAAGUUUGUCAUGGAUAUAGGCGAGACGUGCAAUAUUCCCAGCUGCGAUAUCAGCGCCAUCCUGGCUUUCGAGGUGGGUGUGGACCUGUAUGUCACGCCUGGUGGACACUUGGGAUAUGUCUCGGAACCAGAGGGGUUUGCGAGACAGGUUUUGAGCAUAUUCGCUGCGCAUGGGAAAGCCUAA